CUGUUUGACAGAUGCGGACUGUGGUCGCUAGGUGGAGACAGUCAGUCAGGAACUUCACCAGCUGCUUUUCAUUCAGACGGUGUAUGAUGGAUGGAGCAUUGAGGGCGGAAUGGAUGUCUUGUAAAGCUUCACUCCCAGGACCAGUCAGUGAGCUGUUCACUACCAGCAGUAACAGUGGGGUCUGUCAGUUGCCCGGGAGGUCACGGAGGACGUGGAGCUGGAUGUAUGAGACGAAUUCAUGGGCGUGAAGGGCCAUCUGGAGGAUGGGACAGGCCACAUCCUCAGCCUGGGGCUGGAUCUGGACUACCUCCAUGUAGAAGGUGCUGAGCGGCAGGGUGGCCUGAGCAGUGCAUUAGGUGCUGGGAAUAUAGGGGUCCUACAGGUCAGAACUGGUGCCCCAAAUAACAGCAGCAACAGUAUUGGUAGUAGUAACACUAGUUUUAGUACUCAUUCAAGUUAUAGUAGCAGUAGUAGUUGCAGUAACUUUUCUGAGGAGAGUGCUGUCUCCGACAGUGAUGAUGAACGACUUCAUAUUGGGUCUCAAAACCCACACCAAGAUCAGCCACCUCAGACACAUCACCAAGGGCCCUCCUCAGUCUGUCAGACAGUCAGACUAGACCUCUCACAAAAUAGAUCCCCUGGAGAGCUCCCACAGCCAGAAACAUCAUCUCCUGCAGACCCUGUCACUGACUACCGCACCAAAGUGGAGUUUGCUCUCAAGCUGGGCUACUCCGAGGAGUUAGUGUUGCUGGUGCUGAGGAAACUGGGUCCAGACGCACUCAUCAAUGACAUCCUUGGAGAGCUGGUCAAACUGGGAACCAAGACAGAGAUGGAGCAGCAGGGAGGUUCAACUGUCUCACAGUUCACCUCCUCCUCUUUGUCAUCCUCUUUGGCCUCGUCUUCCACCGCCUCCUCCUCUAACUCCUCUCUGGACUCCUGUCGGUUGCUGUGUCCGUCGCAGCUGCUGGAGGACAAAGAAAACCUUCGGCCUGUUGUGGUGGAUGGAAGCAAUGUAGCUAUGAGUCAUGGAAAUAAGGAAGUGUUUUCCUGUCAAGGCAUCCAGCUGGCUGUUGAUUGGUUCUUGGAGCGAGGUCACCGUGACAUCACUGUUUUUGUCCCUGCCUGGAGAAAGGAACAGUCACGACCUGAUGCUCUCAUCACAGACCAAGAGAUCCUACGGCGGCUAGAGAAAGAGAAGAUCCUGGUCUUUACUCCAUCUCGCCGUGUGCAAGGGCGCCGUGUGGUAUGCUAUGAUGACCGCUUCAUCGUCAAACUGGCCUAUGAGUCGGACGGCAUCAUUGUUUCCAAUGACAACUACCGUGACCUAGCCAAUGAGAAGCCAGAGUGGAAGAAAUUCAUUGAUGAGCGUCUGCUGAUGUACUCCUUUGUAAACGACAAGUUUAUGCCACCAGAUGACCCACUGGGACGCCAUGGACCCAGUCUGGAAAACUUCUUGAGGAAGAGGCCCAUAAUUCCUGAACACAGGAAACAGCCAUGUCCUUAUGGGAAGAAGUGCACAUACGGACACAAGUGCAAAUUUUACCACCCUGAAAGGGGAAGCCAGCCCCAGCGUGCUGUAGCUGAUGAGCUGCGUGCCAGUGCCAAAAUUUCAUCAGUAGCAUCCAGAGGCCUGCUGGAAGAUGCCCUGAUGGUGAAGAGCCAAAGUUCUUGUCAACCAGGAGGAAUGCCUGAGGCAGAGCAAAGUCGGGGCACUCCAAAGAAACAGCCUAACGUCAGCCCUCGGAACUCCUUCAAUGACCUCCUGGAGGACAGGCUUCGGGUCCAGUCCAAAGUGGAGGGACGAAGGGGAAGUAACAGCAGCAGCAGCAGUAGCUCUAGCAGUAGUUUUCUAGGGCAUCCUACUCUAGGGGGACUCCCUUUAUCAGGAAGUCUGGACCGAUGGGAGCACCCUGGGGGAAGUGGUGGAGGAAGCUCCAGGGUUGCUGGAGCCUCAGGACCAAGCCUGGCUGAAACUUACCACAGAUGCGAGUCUCCUGAUCUGGGCUACAGCUCAAUGAUAAAGACCUAUUCUACCCUUAGUCUGGUAGUACCACAGAGUCCUGAAUGCUUCUUCCCAGCUGAUCUGCGAGCUGGAUCACUACUGUCAGACUGUAGCAGUGAAGGCAGUGUCAGCUCAGACUCUUUCUCCCCUGACCCCUUGUUAGACGAUGGCCCCAAGUGCCAUCAUCACCACCACCAUCCUCACCACCAUCAUCACUGCUCUAGCCAGUACCCUCCUCAUCCUGUAAGCCGUGUCCCUCCUGGUCUGGGCCAACAUACACCCCACGGCUAUCCUGUUUCUCAAGCACUGCGGAGACCACAUGGUUUUGGCCUGGAAGACCCUCCAUCUUCUGUUACCUCUCAUGCAUCUCCACGUCCCUUCAAGCCCACUUCAGCCUACAUACAACCCCACCCUCAGCAUCCUUUGCUGAGCAAUUACCCAGUGGAAUUUCAAACUCGCCCACCACGUCCACCCCAAACAUCCACUGCUCAUUCCCACUCUCAGAGCUCCCCUCUGGUGAUGGGCUCCCUUUGGCAGGAAGGAGGGCUCCAGGACUCCCAAAUGUACAAAGGGUCACCUCUUCUUUCCAGAAGAAACCACACUGGGCUAAACCCACAACCACAGCAUCAGAUGAACUGGGAUCCCCAUCCCCAGCAGUCUCCUAAGCCUUGCUAUGAUCUAUUCACUUUCCAUAGCCUUCCAGAAAUCCACGAAAAGCCUUGGCACUCUCCUUGGGACAGACAAGCCCUUUCAUCACCCCGUGGCAUUUCAGCAUCAAGUGUUCCACCACUUCCACAGCUGUCCCUUCCCUCCAUCACUACCCACAAAAGCCACCUGCCGUCAGUGCCCCAGCACCAAGAGCCACCUGCCUUGGGUCAUUACCAGGACCUUAGGGAGAGGGUGUUUGUUAACUUGUGCCGCAUCUUCCCUCCAGAUUUGGUGAGGAUGGUGAUGACCAGGAACCCUCAUGUGAUGGAUGCUCAGGAGCUUGCAGCUGCGAUAUUAAUGGAGAAAUCACAGCGCGGUUCUUGAAUUAAGCCAGACGUUACAGCUUCAUCUUAACUGGUCGUGCUGCUGCAGGUUUAUUCCUUGCAAUCAUCUUAAUUAUUAAAGUCAUGUUGGACAUAACCAAACCAAAAGCACAAGAUAUACUGUUAAGCUCCUUAAGCUGUUAAUGAAGUUUACGGUAAUUGCAGGGAAGUUGUCUCAUUAAUUUUAAUGGUAUUUUUGUAAAGGGAAAUCCCCAAAUUGCCAUAUGUUUUUAUAAAUAUGCCUGCCGUUUCAGCACUUAAGAUCAGGAGGUUUGGGUUUAUUGUGCAUGUUUGAGCAAUUGGUUAUGAGUAAAGAGACUGGUGUGCUGAGGGAGGCUUUUAAUGUGUUUCAAGGGUGACAGUGUUGUUAAUUUUAAAUUAAUUUAUUUGUUACAUUUUAAGUUAUUUACAUAUUUUAAAGUUAUUCUGUUUGGCACUUUUUUUGUUAUUGUUGUGUUUCCUCCUUCCAUCCCUCCACCUUUUUUUUUGGCAAUCAUAUCAGAGUAUAAGUGUAGCUCAAAUUCAUACUUCAUACAUUCCUACUGUAUCUAAAGCUCAAAUUAGCUCAGCAAGCAGAUCUCUGUGUACUCACAGGUGGUGGAUCAGAUGCUGUGGUGAGGUAUUAUGGAUUUCCCCUCAAAGGGAAGUGAAACUCAGUUGGCACCCACAAAAGAAGAUAGCAAAAACUCCAUUAGAAAACCCCGUGCUGUUUAGAGUGUAUUUCCUCUGACAGGAUAGCCCUGUCAGCUGACUUCACAGUUCUUCAGUUUUCAGUACUGAAUUUCAAAACAUCUGUAUUUUUACACCUUUAAAAACAUAUCAAAAGUCUAAAUCAUAUGAAGGUGACUUUUGGUCACCAGAAAUGUUGAGGUGGAAUGAGGAAUUUUGGUAUUAUUUUAAUUUUUAAUUUAAAAUGUGUGUUAAUUUAUUACCUUUUUAUGUGUGUGAAUGUCUGUGGUGCAUGAGGCACAGGGUCUCCUUUGUCAGUUGGUGACACCACUAGGAGUGUUUAGGCACCUCAAACAGGGUAUAACUCUUCUGUACCCUUCUGUUAAAUACAGAGAGAUCCACACCUCGGCAGUAAAAUACAGGAACAGUGAUGACAGAGAGUUUUUAGUUCUAUGAACAUUUCUCAGAAGCACUAAUAAUCUCAUUGGUUAAAUUAAAACUCAGUGGUUAAGUAAAGAAAUUAAAUUAAAAGUUAAAAGUAAAAUAAAAUAUAUAAGUUGUAAUAACUUAAUUUAUUCAGUGAUGACAGUAAUAAGUGAAUAUGACUACUUUAAACUUGACUAUAUUAAGUUUUCUGUUUAAAAAAAAACAAACAAUUUUCUCUUUUAAAGUACUUAACUUAGUCAGCUGUAAAGCAUUUUUUGUAACUGCAUUUAUUGUAUGAAAUAAUAAAAUGCUUAAUAUUUAUUUUUAUCUCCACCAGUGGGAUUAUUUUAAUAUCUGAGGAACUGUUUGUGAAGCUAAAACUCUUGCCUGGUUAGCACAAUAUCUAGUUGCCAGAUGACAGCUCUCUUUGUUGAUACAAAUUGUAUCCUAUAAACUUUUUAAACAAGAUCAUUGUUUUAUGAGAACAUGUGUAAACAAAAAAAAAUAUUUCGAGUUGAAUAUUUUGAGUAUUUGUGGCAAACUUUGCCACCUUUGAUACUAAAGCCUUUAUUUAUAUGAGGGGGGGCUUUUUAAUUGCCUUUUUUUUCCAAGUGCAGCAAAUAGAAAGUCUCAAAUGCACUUUUUUGGAAACAGUUAAUGUUAUUGUUUAUAUUGUCAGUGAACUGAAAGCAUGGUACUGUGUAGCCCAAAAAUAUGAAACCUUGACCCUUGAGUAGAGGUUGAGUAAGCCCAGCCAUGGUGAAAAGCACAAAUUGAAAGUCACCGUGGUCAAAAUAACAAUGUGGUUAAAAGUCAUUCAUUAGUAAUGACAAGUAUUAUCUAUAUGUGUUAUGCUACACUCAUAGAGCAGACAUGGACUGUUAAUGUGAGUGCAGUAAAAGGUUUUGAUGAGCUUGGCUCAAAGCAAAACACAUUUUUCAAAUUUGUGCCCCAGGUUUGAAAUCUUUUAUGAUGCCUUUUUCCAUUAAUCCAAAACCACAACAUUUCUUUAUUACUAUCUUAAAGUGAUCUUUCUUGAAAAGCUUUCUUGUCACGGGCUGUAAUAUAAUCUUGUCUCAGGAACAAGUCCUCAGUAAAUCCUGCCAGACCCAUCAGACGGCUAAAAAGUCUGUCAGUUGGUUUACUUUUCUUUGACAGUCUCAUGCCGCUGUUGUGGUGAUGUAAGUCAGUCAUAACUGAGGUGCUCGCACCCUGUCGGUUCAACUGGCACCGUGUGCCAGCGUUUGCUACAGGGUGCAGACACUACAACGGAAUUAAACAAACCUCUAAAUGUGUUAACAUUCCUGUGGAUAGUAAAAAUCCUAUUUAGUAUAUGAGGGCAAAAAAUAUUUUUCUAUUAUCAUGAACUUGUUAAAGAGCUAUUUUUCUAAUUUUACAUGUUUAUCCACAAGAAGAGAUUGUAGUCAAUGUGAGUGUUGUUGAAUAUGGGGAUGUCCACAUUGCUAACUGUGCUAAUGAUAUGAUGUGUUUGGAUAUCACACAAAUGUUACUUGACAGUGUUCAGACUGGAUAUGAACUAGCAAAUUUCCACCUCGCUUUUAUUCACAUGAAUUUGACUGUUUUUGUAGUCCAGGCGUUUUCUCAAUGAACAGCAAAUGUUGGCUGUAGCACACAUCAGGCAAGUGUGUGCUGUGUAAAGUGUGUGACAGCUCAGAUGCCCAACACUUGGCAUGACAAUAGCUGCACAUUAGUCCCAACCCAAUACUCAGAAAUCUGUUUUUUGGUUGAGGAUGCAACUUCACCAGUCAAGAGUUCAGCAAUAUUGAACUGUAUGUGACGUUGAGAUGUUUAUUUGCCCCUUUGAUUGCAUAGAAUGGAAAUGAACAGUGUUGAUUUCAAAUUGACCUCUUGUUUUGUGUGGGGUUUAAUUUUGGUGAGCUUUGACUGGUGAAGUAGUGUGACUGUGACAUUCUCAUGUUGCACCGUCAUCAGUGGGUAUUCCACAGUGAACUUAGUCCUGUUAUCAUUUAGUUUAUUUAGUUCGCGUCACCUUAAAUUUGCUUCAUGUUCAGUCUGAACACACCUUUCAGAAUAUAUGUGUGGAUUUUGUCAAUGACAGAUAAAAUUCAGAUUUUGUUUGUUGCUUAUUUGACUAAAAUGGCCUCAAAUGCAGUUAUAUUAUUCAAUGGGAAAGAAAUAUAAAAUAUCAACAAUGUCACAGUUCAUUCCCAUCUUUAUUUCGAAUGUGCUUUAAUACAGCUUCAUUUGAGUGCCACCUCUUCAGGGAUCAAAGCCAAGUAAAAUGGUGUUUGUUGCUUUCCAAUGGCUCCCCUUGCUCAGGUCAUUGGUGGUUAUAUUAAACCAAAAUAAAAAAGAAGGUAUUAUAAAGUAUUUGACCGUUACUGCUGUUUCACUGUUUCCUGAGCGCACACGAAGCGUGCCAUUCCAAAAGAUGGCCCAGAGCUGUGCUGAUUAAGCCCGGCCAAAUAAUGUUUCAAAAAUGCCUACUUAAUGCAUGAUCUGUAAUACUAACAAAUGGUAUUGCUUUAAUUUGAUAGAGUUCUAUAUACAGGAUGUGUUCAGCCCAAAUACAUGAUCGAUUUUUUUAGAAAAACAAAAAAAGAACAAAUAAAAACAAACUUUGCUUUUAUCUUCAUGUCAUUAUUUGUGUUUCAUGCAGUCUUUUUCCUUGUUUAUUUUAUGACACAUGUUUUUUUGGAGUGGCUCUCUUCAGACGUUUAUGCUACAGGGCCGUGGAACUGAACUGAGCUUUAGGCAAUAAAACCCAAAAUGAAAGCCUGAGAAACAAACCUGUCUUACGUUUUAGAGUCUGGGGAAACUGUGGCCAAAUGUUGACUGUUCUUUUGUGUGUGAUGUAAAAGUGAGCAAUAAAAGCCCUACUCAAGCUUUCAUGUGUUGUUGUGAGGUUUCUUAUUGGCUCUUGAAUAAGAGACAGGUCCUACUAUAUAUUUCGGGUUGAGACUUCAGCUUGACGUCAUUGAAAUUACAAACAUUUUGCUGCAGCAUGUUUUAAAAAGUUACAGAUAAAAGAAAACUACAAAAGUACCUCUAUCUUAUCAACUGUAAAAAACUAAUGACACUGCAACUUUUCAACUUACAGUAUAUUUGCGAAAUUUAGCUUUUCCCAUGUGAAAAUGUAUUUAUUUGCUCAAAAUAUUUUUUUUACUAAAUGUUUUCAUUAUUAUUUAAUAAAUAAAUAAUAUUUCUUUAUACUAAACCACAACAGACCUUUAUUUUGACAUGACAAUAGUAGCUUCAACACAGGUGUCACCAGUGAUACUAAUUAAAGUUCUGUCCUUCUUAAUAAGUAUCAUUGGAAACACCUGCGUUGAAGCUACUAUUGGAUGUCAAAAUGGAUGCUGUGAAAAAGGUCCAUUGUCUGCAUUAACAUCUGCAUAACCAGAUGAAGUUGUACAGAUAAAUACGUUUAAACACGUUUUAAU